UAUAUACUCUUUACCCCUUUACAGUCAAAUUCAAUGUUGUUGGAUCUGUAGACAUUGUUUUUUAGUAAAAGUGCUUCAUUUUCAACAAUGAACGAAGUAGAGAAAUUGCAAGAACGAGUUAAAGAACUUGAAAGCAAGUUACUCGAAGAGCAGAGCAAAAAUAUGUCUAUAACAAGAGAAAAGAUAGAACAUAUGUCAAGCGAAGUUGUUGAUUCUAAUCCUUACAGUCGAUUGAUGGCAUUGAAACGCAUGGGUAUAGUAGACAACUAUGAAAGGAUAAGAGAAUUAACUAUUGCUAUAGUUGGAAUAGGUGGAGUUGGCAGUGUGACUGCAGAAAUGCUAACAAGAUGUGGAAUAGGAAAGUUAAUUCUUUUCGACUAUGAUAAGGUAGAAAUGGCAAAUAUGAACAGACUUUUCUUUCAACCACACCAAGCUGGUCAAAGUAAAGUAGAAGCAGCAGCAAAAACAUUGCAAUACAUUAAUCCUGAUGUAGAUAUUGAUACCCAUAAUUAUAACAUUACUACAGUAGAUCAUUUUGAAGAUUUCAUGAACACUUUAAGCACGUCGAGUUUGAAUAAGGGACCGGUAGAUUUGGUAUUAAGUUGUGUGGACAAUUUUGAAGCAAGGAUGGCAAUUAAUGCUGCUUGUAAUGAACUGAAUCAGAAAUGGUUUGAAAGUGGAGUCUCUGAAAAUGCUGUUUCUGGUCACAUUCAGUUCAUCAUUCCCGGGGAAACGGCUUGUUUUGCGUGCGCUCCUCCAUUGGUAGUAGCAGAGAACAUAGAUGAAAAAACGUUAAAACGAGAUGGCGUAUGCGCAGCAUCAUUACCUACAACAAUGGGCAUUGUGGCAGGGUUUUUAGUUCAGAAUACAUUGAAAUACCUUUUAAAUUUUGGAGAUGUGACCUAUUAUUUAGGUUACAAUGCAAUGCAAGAUUUCUUCCCUAAGAUGAUAUUAAGACCAAAUCCACACUGUGAGGAUAGAUAUUGUAGAGAACGUCAGCAGGAGUAUGCGUUGAAACCAAAACCGGAAGAAAAAAAGGAAGAAAUAGUUGACGAUAAGCCCCUGCAUGAAGAUAAUGAAUGGGGAAUUUCUCUCGUCGAUGAACAAGAUGGACAGGUAGAUGAAAGUGAUCGUCCAUUGUCAUUAGGCGUAAGAGAAGCGUAUAGCGUACCGACGCCUACGACGGAUCCGUCAGCCAAUCAAUUUCUGUCCGAAUCUGAAGCUAGUCUAGAAGAUUUAAUGCAACAAAUGAAAUAUAUUUAAAUGUUGCUUUUGCACAUUA